UUGGAUCUGCAGAUCCAUGUGUCUGAGUGACCUGUAUAUUAUAUUAUAUCAGAGUCAGGAGAAUGCUUGAUAUCAAGAUGAAGGAGACAUGUAGAAUCUGUGGCCGGGAGCUCUGUGGUAACCAGAGGCGAUGGAUCUUCCACCCAGCCUCCAAACUCAACCUACAUGUGCUGCUCUCCCAUGCCCUGGGUCGAGAGCUGACGCGGGACGGCAAGAGGGAGUUCGCCUGCUCCAAGUGCACGUUCAUGCUGGACCGCAUGUACCGCUUCGAUACGGUCAUCGCCCGGGUAGAGGCCCUGUCCAUUGACAGGCUGCAGCGUCUCCUGCAGGAGAAGCAUCGUCUGAAGCAGUGCAUCGGGGGUUUGUACUGGAGGACUAACCCAGAGGAGGGGGCUGUGGCGUUUACUGCUACUAGCGAACGCUCUAGAGAUGGAAUGGUGGAUAUUUCGGGUCUAACACAUGCAAAGUACUGUGCCUUGCUCCAGGAAGACUUGGUCUACUCUUUGUAUGAGUCCUGGGCAGAAGAUGGACUGGACUGCCACCACCAGCACCACCCACCAUGCUCUGCUGGGUCUGGGUCAGAGGCCACAGGUGCGGGUUCACACCACUGUCGAUCCAGCACUCCCAGGAGGUGCCGAGGAUGCUCUUACUGGCGAGUGUCAGACUCCGACUAUGAAGCAGUCUGUAAAGUGCCCAGGAAGCUGGCAAGGAGUACGUCUUGUGGGCCAUCAACCCGAUACUCAGCCAGCAUCGCUGGAGGGAGUGUGACCGGAGGAGGUGGAGAAAUGGAAAGAAAUGAUGUGGAGGAUUCAGAGGAGGCUCCCUCCUCUCAAACUCUGGUCCCCGGAUCUCAGGACGUUUCCCGGACCUCCGACAGUGAUCGCACGCUGGCUGGACAGGCUAGCUCCAGUCCCUCAAUUGCAUCCUUGGAAAUGGCUGAAGAAAACACUCAACCCGAGGUAAUGGGAGACAGACUGCUGGUCUCCUCAGGGGAAGCCAUGGAAGACCACUUUUCUGACUCUCUGUCUGAGGAGCACAUGGGAGCGACGUUCUGCUCGCUGGGGCCCAGUCUUUCCCUGACCCUCUGUAUGCUGCAAAGCUAUACAGCCUACCGGCCAGUCCAACGCACCAAAGGAAGCAAACUGCCAGUCCUGAUCCGACAGAGCUUAAGGAACGAAGGUUCGCGGCCUCGUUUCCCAGACAAUCUUUUAGGAAUGGCCUAUGGGGAGAGAGACAACCACAUGCCCACCCCUGAACUGGAGACCCCUUUGAUCAGGGUGAAUCUGGAAGACAAUCACAAUCUGAGCUUUGCUGAUAUGGAGGAUUUAUUGGAAGAUUUGUACAAAGAAUAUCCUCCCCCACCCCCACACCAGAGCCUCGUUGAGGAGCAGCAGAGUCAACUCAACCAGUACGAAUGUGCGGCUGGUCAGUGCGUCAGCGAGCUGCAGAAGGCCCGGCUCCAGGUGCAAUCCCUGCAGGCCAAGAUCCAGGAGAGUGAGGCCAACAACAUGAAGCUGCAGGAGAAGCUGAACGAGAUGGAGUGUGAGCUGCGUUCGCUCCGACAGGCCACCCAGAGUCAGGAGAGAACCAUUCAGGGCCUCACCGAGUCCAUCUCUACAAAAGACAGUGAGGCCCAGGAGCUGUACCAUCUGAUCGAAGGCCAAAACAACACUCUGUGUAAGCUGCAAGAACUGGCCCACCGUAACCAGCUCACUCAGAACCAGGCUGCUGCAGGGAUGAAUGAGUCCUUAACGCUUGCCCAGCUGCAAGGCGAGCUGGUCCGGGUGCAGAGCUCUCUGUUUUCUCUGGGUCUGGAGCUGGAUGCCAGCCAGAGGAGUCUUAGACAGAGCCAAAGGCAAGGGGAAGACCUGCUGAGAUUCAAGGACAGACUCAACUCGGACCUUCAGGAGGCGCUGCAGCACAGGGAGGUCACUGAAAAACACAACCAGGAUUUGCGCAGUGCUUUGCAGAAAACUCGCUCUGAGCUCCAGACGAAAGAGGCAGCUCUGAAGGAGUCUGAGGCUGAGAAGGUAGCAGCAGCACAGGAGAAGGACAGGAUCAUUGCAAAGCUCAAAUACUCCCUGCAGGACAAGGAGCAGCAGCUGCAGGAGUACUCUGAGAUGUUGGAGUCCACGAAAAGCUCCAAACCAAGAGAUUUCCUGCUGGAGAAGCUGAGGGAGCGGAUAAAAGAGAGAGACAGAGCUCUGGAGCGCUCCAUUGAUGACAAAUUCCACUGUCUGGAGGAGCGGGAGGGCCAGGUGAGGGCGCUGCAGCUCGCCCUCAGGGAGAAAGAGCGUGACCUGGAGAGGCUCCGCUGCAUCUUGUCCAACAAUGAGGAAACCAUCACGAGCUUGGACGCUCUGGUGCGCAGCAAAGAGCUGGAGCUGGAACAGGCAGCAGAGGCCUACAGGAACCUGCAGUGGCUGAAGCAGAAGAGCGAGGAGAAGGAGAAAACUGCUCUGAGGGAGAAGGAUGGCAUUAUUGAGCAGCUGCAGGCGGCCCUGCAGGCGCGCAGCCAGGAGAUGCAGGAUCUAACGACCGCCAUUGCUGCCCGAGGCCUGGCUGGUUCCGCCGGGCUUGUGGAGGAGCUCAGAGCUCGGCUGGCUCUUAAAGAGAAGCUCUUCCAGGAGCUGCUGUCUGACCGCAGCCGGCAGACUGAUGAACACCAAGCACAUGUCCAAGAUCUGCUCAAAACGCUCAGCUCUAAAGACCAGUAUCUGCAGGAUUACUCCUACAGGCUUUCCUUGGUGAUCAUCGAGCGCACCAUUGAGCAGCAGGAACUUCGAAAGCAGUUGACUCAGAUGGAGCAGGAACUGAGUGAGAUGAGGAGGGACAAGGAGAGGGAGAUGGGAGGAGAGAAGGAGCAUCUACGCAGCCUGCUUAAGGAGAAGGAGGCCUUUAUUAAGGAGCUGAUUCAGGAGCAGGAGGAGGCUGUGCAGGCGGAGAGCGAGGCAGAAAUGAAGGCUUUAAAGGAGGAGAUUCAGCUGAUGCUGAAGAAGGAGAAGGAGACUCAGAAGGAAAUCUUUGAUCUGCGUUCUUCUCUGGCUCUUCAGCAGAAUGCUGCUACAAAAGACAGCACUCAAUACCAGUGUGUGCUGGAGCAGCUGGUGUCCGAGUACAACAAUCUGAAUGACGCCCUAAAGGUUGAAAAGAGGUUAUACCAAAAUCUAACUCAGCUAAACAGGAAUGAUGGCAACAGCAGCUCAGAGACGACCCAGACUCUGCACACUGAACUGGACUCAGUUCAGGCACUUCGAGGACAGCUUGAGGACGUUCUGUCCAGGACCCGCAGCAUGGCCCUGGCACUGGAGCGGGCAGCUAAAAGGCAGUCUGAGUUUGGAGAGUUCAGCUCAGACGAAGAGGAGGAGGAGGUAGAUGAUGAAGACAGCAGUAGUGAGGAGUUUACUGACAGCAUAGAGGAGGAUGACAACGGCCUGAACUCCAUUAAGGCUUCAUUGAAGAUUCAAAGAGCAGGUGAAGAGUCGGUAGAGGGGACGUUACAUCAGAAGCAUCUUGGGGAAACUAAAAGGACUCUAGAUGUUCAGCUAGAAGACGUGCUGCCACAGCUGGAGGAGAAUGGAUUUAAGCCUUUAUCUAAGAUUAAGAGUGCCCACCAGAGGUCACAGAAGGAGAAUGGGGCUUUAACAGAAAGUCAGGGAGCUUCAGGGCAGAGGAGGAACACAGAGCGUAACCUCGAUCCCGAGGAGGAGGCUAGCAGUGUGGAGGGAGAGGAUGAGGAGUUUGAAUCAUGUCCAGUGGUGUCGGGGAAGCGAGGCCCCCCUGGUGUCGGUCUGAGCAUCGAGUCGGGGAAGAGGCACUGUAUGAGGCCGUGCUCCCUGGACCUGACGUCCACACAAACGGAGAUGACAGUAGAGUCCACUGGUGACAGCAGUGAGUCGGGGGCGAUUUGGCAGGAUAUAGAGGAGGGUCUCCGGGAGCAGGCGGCUCGUCUUCGCUCUGACCUGACUCUGAGCCUCCAGGAGAACAGAGAGCUGAGGGAGAGGUUGAUGGUGUCUGAAGCCACGGUCCAGGCCCAGGCUGAGCAGCUCAAGGAAUACAGAGAUCUGCUAACUGAGACAUCUGUCCAGCAGGCCAGUAAGCAGGUGCAGGUAGAUCUGCAGGAUCUAGGCUAUGAAACCUGUGGCCGCAGCGAGAACGAGGCCGAGAGAGAGGAUGCCAGCAGUCCAGAGUUUGACGACUUGGAGAUGUGCACGUCGCUGUCCCAGCCCCAGGACUGGGACGCUGUGGGAGGCAGCUGGUAUGCUGGUAACAGAGGAGCUCAUGAAAUGGGGGGUGAGUCUGCGUCUCUCCAGCAUGUGGUCCAGGACCUGCGCUCUCAGCUGACCCGCUGCCAUAAGGUGAUCCGUGGACUCCAGCUAAGAGUGCGCUCGCUGUCGGCCACGAGCGACUACGCCUCCAGCCUGGAGCGCACACCCCGCAAGGUUAACUGGGCGUUUGAGAGAUCAGCAGCCCACAGCGGAGUGGAGGACGACGAAGGCUGGAUGUCAGACACGCAGGGAGUCCGCUCCAGCUCCAGGCCCAGCAGGGAGCUGCAGGAGCUUAUGGAGCGAGUCGCAUCGCUUGAGGCUCAGUUGAAAACUAAUGCCGCUGGAGGCAAAGGUCAAGCAGAGGAGGGGAAAUGCGCCACCUGGCCUGGGAAGUAUAACUCUCUGAUCCAAGCACAAGCUCGUGAGCUGUCCCACCUCAGGCAGAGGAUGAGAGAGGGGCAGGGGGUCUGCCACAUCCUGACUCAACACCUGGGAGAUACCACCAAGGCGUUUGAAGAGCUCCUGAGGGCCAAUGAUGUUGAUUACUACAUGGGUCAGUGCUUCAGAGAUCAGCUGGCUCAGAGCAGCGCCCUGGCACAGAGAGUGCUCACCAAGAUCAGUGGAGGUGAGGAUGCCGAGAAUCAGAGCGACAAACGAGGCCAUGAGCUGCUUGCCUUAAGGCUGAGUAAGGAGCUGCAGCAGAAAGAUCAGCUCAUUGAGUCGCUCCACACAAAGCUCCAGCAGCGCCCUCAGACUCCAUCCAGCUGCCACGCCCUCUCUGAGACCACUGACCAUUCAGACAGGACCUCCCUGGUGUCUGAUGAGUACCAGAGCAAUGAAGACCUGGAGCUGUGCUCUGAUAUGAUAACCACAGAGUUUCAGGAGGAGCAGCGGCUGCGGCAAGAAGGGCCCUCAUUAGAACCUGAAGUCCGUCCAUCUCUCCCACCUCUUCGAGGCCUCCUCAAGGCUUCCAACAGCUGUCCCAGCAUGCUUUGCUCAGCCCCUGUAGGUCUGAACACUCCUGCAGGUAGAGUCCCUUUCAGUGCACCCAUCUCCUCCCUCUCUGUAUUCUCUGGCCCUGACGUCUGGGGUUAUGAAGUCCUUUCUGACCCCCGGCCCAGGGCCCUGUCUGUUGCCGCUGUUCGCCCAGAGCUGGACAUGCUCUACAGACAGAUGCAUGAGCAGAACAGGGGUUUUCCAGUUCUUUCACCCGGCCCUCAUACCCACCAUGACCUCUCAAGCUACAACCAGCUAUCCCAUCAUGCCUUUCAACACUACCAGCUUGGGAGCGUCCCUCAGAGCAACUCCAUUAAAUCUGACUCCGGUGUUAUAAGAGGAGGGCCUCUGUGGGACAUGGACGGCAUAGCUCAGCCAGCUGGAACCUUUUCUGAAAACCAAACAGCGAGCAGCCAAACAGAAGUAAAUUUAAUGGAGGAGCACCUCCGGGAGGUGAGAUGUCUACGCCAGCGCUUGGAGGAGUCCAUCAGAACCAAUGAGAGGCUCAGACAGCAGCUGGAGGAGAAACUUGCCUCCACUAGGCAGAGUGGAGGAGCACCGACAAACAUUUAUAUCCAGGGCCUGGACACAGUCACUCAACUUUCUAAUGAAAUCAGGAUCCUGAAAGAGGAAAAUCUGAGUCUUCAGUCUCGCCUGCAGGCCAGCACAGACACAAAAGAAGAAGUGGUGCAGCUGCAGGAGGCUGUGUUCACAGCCAGAACCCGUUUAAAGCAGGCUGAGCUGGAGGCCGAGCAGUGGAAGGAGGAGCUGAGGCGUCUGCAGGCUCACACUCAGGAGCAGGGGCAGCAGAUUCAUGCUCUGAGACAGGAGCGGCAGGCCAACCAGGACAAAACCAACAGGCUACAGCAUGAGAUGUCCCUGCUGCAGCAGCAGCUGAGUGAGAGCAGGGAGCUGAUCCACUCACUGCAGAGUGAGCUGCAUGUUUACGAUCGAGUGUGUUCCAGCACCAAGGCCAACAAAGGUUACCUGUGUGAGGUUGCAGGUUUCCCUGUGGAGCUGGGGGAGCUGCUGGGGGAGGUCAGGAGUCUGCGGGCGCAGCUGCAGAGCAGCGUCCAGGAGAACAGCGCUCUCAAACAGCUGGAGCUCCACAAACAGCUGGAGCAGAAGUUAGGAGUUGGAUCACCUCGGACUCCGUCUCUGUCUGCACUGACUGCCAGCCCUCAGAGGGAAACCUUCUACAGACGACAGCUGCUGCACGACCCGGCACCGUCUCCACCGGUCAGGGACAUUGGUCUGUUUAACUGUGGAUCACCUGGUCCCCCCUACUUAGACCUGGAUGACAGCCAUAGCCCUUCCAACGCAGACCCUCUUGACCCACACUCAGAACUGGAAGGGGAGGCACCUGAUGGAUCGUUUGCAAACCGUAACGGUCGCCACUACAUUGGCCACAUUGAUGACUUUAGCGCUCUCCAGCAGCAAGUCCUAGAGGGUCGGAGCCUGAUCCAGCGCAUGGAGACGACCCUGCAGGCCUGCCUGGGCCCACCGCUGCUGGAGGGCGAACAGAAAGAGGGCUGCGAGCUGGUUGUAGACUUUGGGUGUGUGAAAAACCUUCUGUCUAACACAAAGACUCUGAGGCAGAUCUUGGAGGAGGCGUUGUCUCUGCUAAAGAUGUUCUGGAGAGCAGCUCUGCCCAACGCAGAUCCCUCCUUACAAACCCUUAAGAAGGAGCAGUGCCUGCAGGAGGAAAUUUUUUCCUUAAAACUGCGAAUAUCUGAGCAGGAGGAAGUUCUUAAAGGGACAGUACAAAGACUAAGGAGCACCAGCCGCACCAAGGAGAGCAUGGAGCACUUCAUAGUCAGUCAAUUGUCGCGGACUCGUGAUGUGCUGAAAAAAGCUCGGACAAAUUUAGAGAAGAACGAGCUGAGACUCUCCUCUCUAAGCUCCUCCCCCUCCUCUCCUCCUGCUGCUGAGGACCUUAGAGGUACUUCCAGAGCAUGGCCUCCUGAUCAAGGUUUCCUGAAGCGCAGCGGCUUCCCUGCAGUCGCAGGAGGAGAAGCUAAUCAGCGUCUGGCAACCAGGAAGCGGAGCAGCGAGUGUCUGCUUUAGACAGUCAAAGCACCAAACCCAAGUGCUCCCAUCUCUGACCUCUCUGCUUAAACCGAACCUCCUCUGCAUCCUGCACACCAGCCUGCCCUUUUCAAUUUAACCUAUAUCAGCUUUUCCCUCCAAUUAACCCUUUCAUCUUUGGGACAAUACAGUCACAGUAUAAGCUGAACCUCCAGCCUCCCUUCCUCCUCUUCCCACCUCAUUUGUUUUGUCUUUGAGUGAAACUGUCAGCAGUUUGCCUUGCUGUGUGUUAGACUGAGAGGCAAUUUGAAAAGUGCUUCUGAUGGUUUCAGGGAUGUGCGUCCUGAAGACCGAAGUGUCUGAAGAUGCCUUUAAUCUCCGGUUGUGAUUGUAACUGUUUCUAGUGGGUUUCAAAAGUAUUUCAGGUACAGAGUCGUCUCCCAUCUGAACCCACACAGAGCCAGACAGCCUGUAGACAAAGAGGGUUUGUGAAUGUUUAAAGUGGAUUUGAGAAGUAUUCUUCACACAGGUACAUACACAUAUAGUCAUCUAUUUGUGUGUGAUCAAAUAGCGCACUCAAAGACAAAUCAAUUCCCCCUAAAGCUGCCACUAAAAUGCAAUUCUCUAACUUGUGGCAGUAACGUUUUUUGCAGAUGCAAUGCAAAGAAAAGUGACUUAAGCAAUCUCUCCCUGGACGAGGAAUGUACUGUAUUUGGGCUGUGUGCUUGCUGUUCUUGUGGAGAAAGCUAAUAAAUAGUAAGGCAUUCAGUAGCUAAGUUGAUUUGUUGUUGAGUGAUGCUACAGCAAAGUCCUAUGCCCCCAUUUUUUGUGUCUCAAAAUUUGCAAAAACAGAAAAAAAAAACUCAUAAACCAAGCAGAACUGGGAGUUGGGGUUACCAGAGGAAGCAGGCCGAUCACACGUACUCUCUGCCCAGCGGGGUUAGUCGUACGAGCAUGUGCAAUAACGAUGUUUCUUCAGUAAUUAUGCUGCACUGCAUCAUAGUUCACAGUUUUUGUCACAAUUUGGACACAACCAGUGUCAUGGCUGUAUUUAUUUCUUUCGUGUUGAUGCAUGACAGGGAUUGUGUACAUGAAAAUCUGGGCGUUGGAACAUCAUUGCUGAUAUUUGCCAAAGUUUGAGACUUAAUCUUUUUCAAUCUGAAUUACCAUGUCUACAUGAAUGAGAAAAAAACGGGUUUAACAGCAUCAGCAUUACCAGGCUGUCUUGUUUUUUUCUUCCUAUUUUUAAAGAGAAGACAUCCCGUGUGUUUUGAAACUUUUUUUGGACCAACACUUCAGUGGGUUUUUCAGUCAAAGCUAUUUGCUAUCGUAUCCGCUUGUCAUUUGUAAUAUUUCCUAAAAAAUAACAAAUUCAUACAAAAAUUCAAACUUUGGCAGGCUGUCCAUUGGCUCAAUAUUCUUUCAAUUUUCAUCUAAAAAAGCCCAUAUUCACUUUUCUUUUAGCUCAUUAUUUGCUGUACAUGAUGCCAUUUUGUGCUGUUUAUAGCUUUGUAUACAUUUUAGGGAUAUUUGUGUGAAAACAUCCAACAUUUGCUUUUUUUGCAAAGUUGAGUAUAUCUGGGUACUUGUGCAAUAGCUUGUUUUGGUUUAUUUUGAUGUUAAACAUCACUACGAUGUGUGUGUGCAUUAGCUACUCACCUCCUGCUGGGUACACUUCGUACACAGUGUGUAUUAAAGAAUGAAGCCACUUUAAAUGUGUUAUUUGCAAAGGCUUACACCUGAUAAGUAAUAGCAGACUAUGCCUUUAUCUAAAUAGUGUAAUACACUGAUCAGCUAUGAUACAGCUCCUGUUAAUGUUGCUUCGCUUGCCUUUAACCUUAGCCUGAGAGUUUGCUCUCAGAGGUAGAAAUGGCCUUCACCAAGCGUCUGCUUGAUUUCUGUUAAAGUAGGUUUUGUUCACGCUCGAUUUUUCAGGAAAAAAAGACAAUAAAGACAAAAGAAAGUUGCCAAGUAACUCAAACUUAUAGGGAGAGUUUUUGAAGAAUUGUUUUUUUUUGAAAAUGUUUUCUGAAAUGAUUGUGAAACACAAAAUUAACAGAGCACCUUGUUAGAGCGUAAACAAAGCCUUUUUUUUGUUGCUAUUUGCUAAUGAGAAGGGAACCAAACAGUGGAUUAUUGUUGGUAUUGAAUUGCAUAUGUAUAUAUCGCUAUCCGAUCGGUGCAGGCUUAUCCUGAGUUUGUGCUUCUUGAACUAGUUGGCCGAUGCAGGACUCUGAUGGAUCCUGUGUCUGAUCAGGUGUGUUCUGUCGAUGAAAAUGUUUUAACGAUGAUAAAUUGUGAGAAAGAGUGAAUAAAGCACUGAAAAAUGU